AUGGCCAACCAGUUCAUCUGCGCAUCGGCGCUGGUGGCCCUGUUGGACCGACUUACGCAGCCUGUGGACUGGAACGAGUGGCAGCGUCACUGGCAUGCGCUGACACCGCGCGCGCCAGAGCAACCAUCUUACAACCGAUACGUGGACUCCAUGAUGGUCAAACUCGGCCCGCUCUGGCGCGAUGACCUCACCAACAACAAGCGCAGACUUUGGAACGACGCCCUGCAGGCGCCGUGGGUGUGCCAGCUGCCAGCACUCCCGACGUGGAAUCAAUGGCAGCGGCUGGUGGGCACACGACUCCGGCAAGGGGAUGCAUCGCCGGCUUUGCUGCACCGUGACGCGUACACGGCGCUUGUCAAGCAGCUAUGCACCUGCUCCUCCAGCAGAUCGACCGGAUGUCGAAUCCACGAACACACCCGCAAGUCCGUUGACUUGGAACUCGUUCCAACGCUGGUGGGCCGACCGCUGCACUACGCGACCAACCAAAGGAGACUAUCAGGCCUGCAUGCUCCGCAACUUCGGACCAACUUGGCGACAGACACUGGGCCCGACGCGACUCGGCUUGCUUCAACCAUGACACUGAAAUUUUACACCGCUUGCCUCGGCUUAGGUCCACACGCCUGCGCGCGCCCCACAAGAAGAUUGCUGCAGCCGCGACCCGGCUUCAAGCCCAUGCCGCCGCUCUUCUGCACGCUGAGGCCAAAGAUGUGGCACGCAUUGCGCAAUCCUUGGCGGCCGACGCAAAGAUGA